GUGCUUGCUAGAGGGUUUUAACAGCCACUGACAGAGCAUCUGUUCUUCAGUGUGCCGUGAGAUAGGGAGCGAGCCAGAGAGAGAGAGAGAGGGAGAAAAAGGCAGGAUUCACUGACACAGGGGCAGAUUAUUCAUCUGCUUUUAUCCCAGCAACAUCCUCACAUUCCACAGGUCUGAUAACUGUCUGCCGACCACACAGUGCCUUUUUUGUUUUGAAGGGGAGAUGAGCUCCAACGGCAGGGCAUGUUAAUCCAGCUGCAGGAGCGCAACUUCCAAAGCAAACAACCAGCUCUCCCCUCACCUCCAUCCCCAUCGUCAACUUUCCGAAACGGGACCCAGAGAGUAGGGAUUAUUACAGCACGACACAGCCGGAGAGGACUGGACGGGAGCAGAUACAGAAGGGCUGGAAGUAAAUCCGGACUCUCAGCAAGGCAAGAUGUCCAAGCCUUCGCGUUUAGCAAGACCCUCAUCAGCUGGUGCCAUGUCCAAGCUCCCGUCGGCCAGGAAGGAAAAUUUCAACAGCCGAUCCAAAACAAUCAGCUUAGGUGAAAAGCUGCUGCGAGCUGGCAGUGAGGGGAACCUGGUUAAAAACAAGCCGCAACAGCAGGUGCAGAUGGAAGAUGUGGCUUCUCACAGGAGAAUCAGUCACCCAAAAGAACAAGGGAAAAGCAACCUGAGAGUGACAUCGCCAGAGGAUGCAGAGCACCUUAGCAAAAAACAGGGCGCAGGUAAUGGGAGUAACCGGACAGACUCGAAGCCUUCCAGGAACAUCCCAAGAAGACACACUGUAGGAGGCCCCAGGAGCUCCAGAGAGAUUCUCGGAAUGCAGCCCUCGGACAUGGACAAGAAGAGAGAGGCCUUCUUGGAGCACCUGAAGCAGAAGUACCCACACCAUGCGUCGGCGAUCAUGGGGCACCAGGAGCGGCUCAGAGAACAGGCCAAACAGUGCAUGUUGGCCUCCCUUCACUCUGAACUUGACAUUCAAAGGUACUUACUGAAAAUCGAGUCAUCCCAGAGAAGCAGGAGCCCGAAGCACGCCGCCGGGGAGCAGGCAGAGCACCCCUCCGGGGCCGCGGCGGAGUCCGGGGAAGUCAUGUCCGAGGGAGAGGCUCCGGCAGCCUUCACCAGGGGCAGCCGCUCCAGGGCCAGCCUCCCAGUGGUGCGCUCCACCAACCAGACCAAGGACCGGUCGCUAGGUGUGCUGUAUCUUCAGUAUGGAGAUGAAACCAAACAGAUGAGAAUGCCAAAUGAAAUAACGAGUGCGGACACAAUCCGUGCUCUGUUCGUAAGUGCCUUCCCUCAGCAGCUCACCAUGAAGAUGCUGGAGUCUCCUAAUGUUGCGGUGUACAUUAAGGAUGAUAUGCGGAACAUGUAUUACGAGCUUUCUGAUGUAAGGAAUAUUACGGCUCACUCCUGCCUAAAAGUGUACCACAAGGAUCCUGUCCAUGCAUUCAGUCACAGCACCAGGCCUGCCAAUGGAGAUGUGAGGAUGCACAGGGAGGUGGUGUACACGACCAGAGAGGCGCAGCACGCCAUGCGUCAAACCAUGGGCCCCCCGCCCCCUCAUGCCAUUCAGAGCCCCCUGCCGCCUCCCAGCCCCCUCUCCAUGCCCCCUUCGCCCUCCAGGAUCCCCUACGGGCCGCGGGCGAUGGUCAUGCCCGGAAGUGCCACCGUCCCCAGGGACCGGCUGGCGAGCAUCCCGCCCUCCCGGUCCAUCUCGCCCUGCCCAAGUGCCAUCCUGGAGCGCCGGGACGUCAAGCCCGACGAAGACAUGGGCAACAAGAGCGUGGCCCUGGCGCGGGGCGACGGCCUCUACGCGGACCCCUACAUGCUCCACGAAGGCCGGCUGAGCAUCGCUUCCUCCCACGGGGGCCACGUGGAGGUGGUCGACCACAGCAUGGGCUUCCCCCGGGGCUCCAUCAGGUCCACCAGCUCGUACGCCAGCUCCGCCAUGACCACUGAACUGAUGGAGCACCAGACCCUGUACAGGCAGAAGUCCAAGAAAUACAGCGACAGCCAUCUGCCCACUCUGGGCUCGAAAACCCCCCCUCCCUCCCCUCACCGAAUGACUGACGUGAGAUUGAUGGAAAUCCACCCAGCUCAGAACGCCCACGUGCCUCAGACCGUACAGCUGGAGAGGUCUUCUCCAGUCCGGCAAUCUUUCAAGAAGGAUGCAGGCGGCUCGGUAGCUGUGGAGACUGUAACCAAGACACGGAGCAACAUGGCUUCUCCCGUUGUUCCCGAUAUCCCCCUGGCACAUGGGGAUAAACCGCUCCUGGGACACGGGGCGCCUGCAUCACCCAGCGACCCUCAGACCAGAGAGCGAAUGAAGGCCAUGGAGCAGCAGAUCGCUAGCUUGACGGGGCUUGUUCAACACGCACUUUUUAAGGGGCCAAAUACAAGUGGUGCCAAGGACCCUGUCAGUGAGAAACCAGCGAGCACAGCCUCUCCAGGCCAUAAUGGGAGCAGUGGAGGAGGUUCUAGUGCACCAUCAGCCAAGAGCACUGUGAGUGGAGUGGAGGCCACAGCCCUGGCCGGCCUCCCUGCCCCCAGCAGCCCCACACCGGUUCAAGUGAAUCUCAUCAGUUUCCGAAAGAAUGUCUCGGACCUCCGACUGCAGCUUCACCAGAUGAAGCAGCUGCAGCUGCAGAACCAGGAGGCCCUCCGGGCGAUGCUGAAGAGGGCCGAGCAGGAGAUCGGCGCCAGGCUGGCCGAGACCCUGAAGCGGCAUGAGGACCCCGUGCAGAGACAGAGGGUGCUGGUGGAGGAGGAGAGGCAGUCGUACCUGGGCAUGGAGGAGAGGAUUCUCGGCCAGCUCUGUGAGCUGGAGGGCUAUGUGGAUGAGCUGAAGAAAGACUCGGCCUCUGCCACCGUUCACAGAGCCGUCACCCUGAAGGAUGUCGAAGACGGGGCUGUGAACCUGAGGAAAGUUGGGGAGUCCCUGGCUACACUCAAGGGAGAGUUCCCCGCCCUGCAGGGCAAGAUGAGGGCGGUGCUGCGCGUGGAAGUGGAGGCCGUCAAGUUCCUGAAGGAGGAGCCACACAAGCUCGACAGCAUGCUGAAAAGAGUCAAGACACUGACCGAGAUCCUCAGCGGUUUGAGAAGGUAUGCCACAGAUAAUCUUUUAAAAGGCUCUGAACCGGCACAAGUCAAAACGACCCUCGCAGAGAGCGUCGUGAGCUUCACUACAUCCGAGUCUCUGCCUGCUGUUGGCGCCCCCCCUCAGGAGCAGCCUGCACCCCGGCCUCCCUCCCCCACAGGCCUGCCGGAGCCCCAGAGCUCCUCCGUCAAAUCGGAGGUCAUGCCGGCUUCUCCAGUAGUGAUUCACCACGUGCAGAGCUCUCCGGUGCACAUCCAGCAGUCGCAGCACUCGGCGGCGCUGUUCCACCGCUCCGGCAGCCCCCCCGCAGCCGCGUCGCCGGCCCCGUGCCUGGACUCCCCCCCCCUGCUGGCACGCGGCGGCCCGCAGAGCCCCACUCCCGGCGGGCCCCCAGGCCAGGAAGCCGGUGCUGCCCCAGUGCAGCAGCAGAGGGUCACCCGGGCGGAGCAGACUGCCCCCGCGUCCCCAGCAGCCAGCAGCGCGGCGCAGAGCCUCUUCAUCGAGGAGAUCCACACCAGCCGGAGCAAGCACAGAGACAGGGCCGUGACCAUUGAGGCUGCCGAGAAGGAGUGGGAGGAGAAGCGGCAGAAUAUGGGCCACUAUGACGGGAGGGAAUUCGAGAAGCUACUGCAGGAAGCCCAGGCCAACAUGAUGAGAGGCAUACCCGACCUGGAAGUGGCGGCCGAGGCGGAGGCGCCGGCGGUCCCUCCGCUGCCUCGCCAGGAGGAGGUGGACUCGGCCUCGUCGCUGGGGCAGCCGUCAGUGGAGGAGGCUCCAUACGCAGACACCAGCGCUGACAAAGCUGGUAAGUCUCCACCCCCUCCUCCUCCCAGAAGGAGCUACCCCCCAGGCUCUGGCCUCACUACCGGAAGAUCAGGGGAGGUUAUCUUCACGUCCAGGAAGGACGCUGCCGCCGCUCAGGCUGAGGCAGAAGAGGAAGGCACACAGGGACACAACCAACCCUCCAAAGUCUCCUCCGAGAGCAGGGUGGUGACUCGGAGCCCGCCGCCCGCCGCCGCCUCUGCCGUCCCGGACGAGGAAGACGAAGGGGGCAAGAUCCUGGCCGAGCUGCAGGUUUUCCAGAAGUGCACUUUUACGGAUGUAGGGGCAAAAAGUUUUGUUGAGCAUACAAGAGUUGACCCCCAAGUCAGAGAGCUAAGGCCUGGAGCCUUAACAUCACCCAGAGAAAAGAAGCAGAGUGUGGAGGUGCUCCAUGAAGAGAAACAGUCGAGCACUGAUGAAAAUGGGAACGACACCGUGCUGCAGACUCAAGGGGUAAUAUACUAUGUCACCGGUCAACUUCCCAAAGAGCUACCUGCGGUAGAAAUGGAAGACCAUAAGGAACGCAGAGAAUUCCACAGUGAAACAACACUUUCUUCUUCACAGGUUGCCAGUGUGAAUGCUUAUGAAAUUUCAGAAAGUCAGCAGUUAGGGACAGAUGAGAUUCCUGUUCUCUCAGAGCGUUCAUUGAGGGAAGGCCAAGAAACCUUUUACACCCCAGAGCAUCAGGUGCAAAUAGUGUAUACAGAAUCCCAUCAGGAAGAUGGUUACUUGGCAGAAGCACCUAGAAGUAUUCCUCAGCUGGAUACAGGAAGCAAGGAGGAGCACUGUGUCGAGAUUGUGUCUCAUCAAGUCAGCGUUGACAAGCAUGUAGUGUCAGUUUCUGUCGAGGAAGGUGGUUUUCGUAAUGAAAUGCUGGUGGCUGCAGAAGGACCUUUAGUCCUUGACCGUGAUGCUUCCCCGACUCCAGAGUCUGUGCAAGAAGGUGCAGAAAGUGAAUGCAGCCAACAGGUAGUGAUGAGACCUUCUAAAGGUAGAGUAAAGUGUGCUGAAGAAGCAGAGUCAAACUCAAGCUCUCCCAGUGAAGAAUUCCCUUCUCCUACAGAUAACAUAGCCUUCAUGAUAACUGACACAAAAGUGCAGGCUUUGUCCUGUGGAGAGUAUGAGGAAAUAGUCAACACCAAAGGAGAAAACAUCCAGACUGUGAACGUGGAUAACAACAAGGAAAUGACAACCCAGGAUAACAGCUUUGACAAGAAGCCAGUGAUCAUCAUAUUUGAUGAGCCAAUGGACAUCCGUUCAGCCUACAAAAGACUGUCCACUAUAUUUGAGUGUGAAGAGGAACUGGAGAGGAUGUUGGCUGAGGAAAGGAUUGAGGAGGAAAACGAGGAUGCAGAGGACGUUUCCUUGGACAGAAAAGAUUGUGCUGGGGAAGGCAAAGCAAAUGAAAGAGAUGGCAUAUUGAAUGUAUCCGCUACUCGGAGCGAUCCUUACACCUCCAGUAUGGUUAAAGAAGAACACGGUGGGUUACAGGACCCCUUGAACACGGAGACAGACGAUUCCAAAUCCGAGUUUGCAAAUGACGGCAAACAAGAUGCCAAGAAAAAGUUUAAGUUCAAGUUCCCUAAAAAGCAGCUCGCGGCUCUGACUCAAGCCAUUCGCACAGGUACGAAGACGGGCAAGAAGACCCUUCAGGUCGUUGUGUACGAAGAGGAGGAAGAGCUGGAUGGGACUGUGAAGCAACAAAAGGAAGCCAAGAGAUUUGAAAUCAGCCGGACGAAGCCUAAAGCCGACUCGGCCACCGCCUCCCUCACCGCUGUGACGAAGAACGUGACGGUCGUCCAGCAGGGCUCAUCUGAUUCCCACCACAGGACUGACGAGAUCCGGAAGAAUACCUACAAGACCCUCGACAGCCUGGAGCAAACCAUAAAGCAGCUAGAGACAACGAUCAGUGAAAUGGGCCCCAGAUCACCCGAGGAAACGUCCUUCGAGGAAUCUAAAGCGUACUCCAUUCAGAUGGCUGAAUCCUUAGGCAAAGAUUCGCCGCCAGAGGAACACAAUUCCAUGCAGGAGUUACCCCCCCCUGUCUAUCAGCCCCAUAAGGCUGCGCAUCAUAAGAAGCAUAAACCACAGCUUCUCCCAAGACCUGCUGCCAUCCCCACCACCAGCGAUCAGAGCACCAGUGUUACUACAUCUACCAGUCGGAUGCCAGUGCCUAUGUCCGCAAAAUCCAGACAGCAGCCAGGGGGUUCGGAAAAAGCAGGAAAGCAGCAAAAACUGCAGGAUCCUCAGAGGCAGUUCCGACAGGCUAACGGAAGUGCUAAGAAAGCUGGUGGGGAUUAUAAAGCUACUUCCCCUCCUUUACCUGCUUCUAAGAUCCCAGCCUUUUCUUCCAGCUCUGGGAAAAGCAGUACUCUGUCUGCUUCCAGCUCAGAUGCUACUAACCCUGUUGUUUCCUCUUCCAAGUCUUCCAUCCCCUCUCCCAGCCUCCUGAACUCACACGCCACCCGUUCGGCUCCCCACCACCCCCCGGCACCCACCCACAUCCCCUCUCUGUCUAACGGCUCUCUCAAGCCCCAAAGCCCCACUCACACCGGUAAAGGUCACAAUCUUUCGUUCUCGCCACAGAACCAAAACGGCCGACCACCCCCUUCCUCUUCCUUCUCCCCUUCCUCCUCCUACUCCCCCUCGGCCCCUUCCCCCGUCUCCCACACUUCCCUGAGUCAAGGUGCGAAGAGCAUCCGGACAAUACACACACCCAGCUUCAUCAGCUACAAGCCACAGAACGGGAACAGCAGCAAAUCCUCACUGCCGUCUUCUUCAUCGUCCAAGGACGCAGCGUAACCUUUUAUCUGAAAGAAAAGCCUGAAAGGGGACACAACGUGCUUUGCAUACUGAUUUUGUUGUGUAAAUAUUUGAGUUUGAUUUGUUUCUUUUUUUUUUUCAUGCUUUUAAUUUUAUUUUUACUUGGACGUUUGCUGCAUGUCGUUCUCCGGAGAUUCAUACACAGUAAAUAGACGAAAAAGGUUCAGAAAUGCAGUUAAUGGUGUGGCUCUGCUCAGGAGGUGUUACAAUGAAUGAGCUCUGAAAAGCUGUUUCGUUUGAUGACAACUUUCGUUCUUGCUGAAUGCUAUUUAAAAAGCAUUUCUAAUACAUUUUUUAAAAAGACAUAAAAAUACAUACAGUAAAAUUUAAAAAAAUAUCCAUGAAUACGAUAAAAAAGAUAACUGGAUGGAGCUGUUCAUUUUGAUUUUAGUUUUAUUUGCCAACAAAUACUAAUUCAUUUUACUGCUUUACAGCCCAGCUAACUUACAAACAUUUUGUGUUGGUAGCUUUUCCAUGCACUGCCAGUUUCUUUUAAAAAUAGUAUAUAAUAUACUUGGUUUUAGGAGACGCUAUUCUGUGUUUUAGUAGUUAUUCCUGUUUGCCAAAGUUAUUUGUACUUCACUUCCAAAUUAUACUUAUAUAUUGAUUAAAACACUGUGUGGAAAUUUUAAGUUUAAAGCUUGGGGUAAAACCCAAUUUUACCUUAAGAUUUUCAGUAGCUUAACAGAUAUGUGCUACUCAAGUUCAUGGUUCUUGGUGUUUAAAUGUAUACUAAAUGACAGCAAUUUACAGUGAAGUAAACCUGUGUAUAUAAAUGCUUAUAUAUUCUUUGGGAAACUUAGUAUAGUUUUGUUAACAUACCAAAGUUUAUUUCUAUGCAUGCCUUUUAAGAUAUUUUAGAUGAGGUGUUGAUGCUAAUGUAAAAGAGUAUGUUUGCACAGAUAGAUUUUGUAAAUAUUUUUCUUUCUUUUUGUAAAGCUUUAAACCAUAUUGUACGAUAAAGCGCUCUGGAAAAGAGAAUUGUGAAGGUAUUAAAAAAGAUAAAUAAAGGGCUGCAUGCUAGUG